UGAUGGCUGAAGAUCCUGGAGGAGCUUUCACUAAUUUCACCCUCAUUUUUAUCGGGUUUUCGUUACCUCUGCUGGGAAGAUGGCAGGGCACACAGCCUCGAUAAACGGCCAGAGACCCCCGCUAUUGUCAUGCCCAAUAAAGGGAACCGAAAACGGCUGAAAUUUAGAGCCGAGGAUGUUUGCUCGGAGUCAGUAACUGUGGCUGACUAUGCCAACGCCGAUCCCGCCAUCGUGAAGUCGGGAAGGGUUAAAAAGGCUGUUGUUAAUGCAAUUGAAAAAGAAGUGAAAUUACUCUGUGGACUCGAGGCAUCCCAGGGUCCCGUGCAGGAAGUGCUCUCCUCUGCAGUUGGCGUGAGUAAUGCAGCCCUUGAGAGCAGUGAUGAACUGGACUCAGAGGAAGGGGAUGAAAUCAAAGGGUCCCGCAAAAAGAAAAACAAAAGACGCAAAGGUAACUGCAGAGUUCUUCAGCUGCCCAGGCAGUAUAAAGAUGUUCACACUAAUCCAGACUCGGACUGUUAUCUGCUGCGAGUCACUACCCUCAAUUUUAUUUUCACUUCUGUUGUGAUGGGCAUGACGUUAACUUUGUUUACCAUUAAUGUGAGCACAGACAUGAGGCACCACCGAGUGCGCCUGGAGUUCCAGGAUUCACCAGUCAUUCGAGGGAAGAAGCUUAGGGGUGAACAGGGGGUGCAGGUAGUGCUGGACCCUGUCCACAGCGUACGCCUCAUGGACUGGUGGCACCCUCAGUACCCCACAUCCUCAUAUAAUUAGACUAAUGAACUCCAAACUUGUCAAUUACAAAAAUAUUGCAGAAGACAAUUCAGGCCUGUUUCGACCAACCCUAAAGUCCUGGCUUGGUAGUCUGGUUUUCUGUUGAAUUUUACACUUCGUGUGCUGCUUUUAUGGACACUUUAGUUUUGAUUUGUAGUCCAAACUCAAGGUCUCAAGACAAUGUAUGUGGCAGUUUACUUUAAUAGUCUGGGUAGCUGCCAUAUUUAAUUUGAUUGGUUUCACGAUAGAAGUACAGAAGAUAAAAGUCGAUUCAAUAUGUCAUGCUGCCAUUUUUAACCUAUGUUUUAUUGGAGAUGUUUUUUUUCUUCCACUUGAUCAAAUUCCAAGUACACAACAGUACAACCCUCUGAACAGACUCUGCUUGCCGCCCUCAGUUUUUCAGGCAAAAAUCUAUUCACAUUAAAUAUGGCAUCUACAGCAUUCUCGAGAUU